AUGACCAUGAGGAAGCCUCCAGCGAAGCCAAACAAAACUGUCACUUUCAUGCUGGCGUCGAGUAAGCUGACCAGUUUCCUUUCUCUAACAUGGUGCGUUAUUGACUUUGGCCAUUCUAGACACUGCGUGGGUGAAGGUCAAUCAGAGGGACACAAUGCUCCGUCUUGUGGUCUCAAAGCCAGAGACUACGACAUCCCCCUGAGAAUUGGCACAUUGUUCGUUGUCCUUGUCACCAGUUCCAUCGGUGUCUUUGCCCCUAUUCUCCUGAUGAAACUUCCAUUUGCUUCUAUUAAUGAGGUGGUCGCGACCGUCAUCAAACAAUUCGGAACUGGCAUCAUCAUCGCCACGGGUUUCAUCCAUCUAUACACACAUGCAAGCCUCAUGUUUACCAACGAGUGUUUGGGAGAACUCGAGUACGAAGCGACUACCUCCGCGGUAGUCGUGGCGGGCAUCUUCAUUGCUUUCUUGCUGGAGUACAUUAGCCACAGGAUUGUUGUUGCUCGCAACAGCAAGAAUCACUCCGCAGAAACUAUCCCGUCCGAGUUCGAUUCUCAACAAACACAACGGAAGGGGCAGAGUGACCACUCUUCGGACCAACAGCAACAGCCCACGGUGGCUGGUCUUGGGCACAGCCACGGCUCAUUUGAUCUUGCCGGACCCGACGGCAAAUUUGCGGUCAUGGUCAUGGAGGCAGGUAUACUCUUCCACAGUAUCUUGAUCGGCCUCACCCUUGUCGUUGCUGGGGACUCAUUUUACAAGACGCUGCUGGUGGUGAUUGUGUUCCAUCAAUUCUUUGAAGGGUUAGCACUCGGCGCUCGUAUUGCAAUCCUACCGGGGGCUAUAUUCCCUUCGAAGGCGUCUAUGGCGGCGGCAUUUUCCCUGAUCACCCCCAUUGGCAUGGCUAUUGGGCUUGGUGUACUUCACACCUUCAAUGGUAACUCAAGGAGCACUUUGAUCGCACUAGGAACAUUGGACGCGCUAUCUGCUGGUAUUCUGGUGUGGGUUGGUGUUGUUGAUAUGUGGGCGCGUGACUGGGUCAUUGAAGGAGGUGAAAUGUUGGAUGCAAAGCCAAGAAAAGUUUUCACCGGUGGCAUUUCCUUGGUCAGUGGGCUGGUGUUGAUGGGAGUACUAGGAAAAUGGGCCUGA